AUGAAGCUGAAGGAAAUCCACAGGACCUCGACGUUCGCAUGGUCGCCGUCGCCGUCUCUACCGUUGCUGGCGACGGGUACAUUCGCGGAUGCCCUGGAUGAGUCGUUCAGCAACAAUGGCCGACUCGAAAUAUGGGAACCGGACUUUUUGGACAAGAAUGAGUUUGACCUCGGCGCGGAGGGUCACCCGGGGCCAAAAGCAUCCGUGAAGACCACCUCAAGAUUCAACCGUCUGGCAUGGGGUUAUGCGGAUGGGAGCCGCCCGAGCGGUGUAAUCGUUGCUGGCAUGGAGAACGGGGAAUUGGACAUCUGGGACCCAUCACAGAUCGUCGCAGACUCAAAACCGUCGGAAUCGCUGUUACUGCGAAACAAGACGCACACGGGCACUGUCCGUGCGCUUGACUUCAAUCCUAUGCGGACCAAUAUAUUCUCGUCAGGGGCAAUAAAUGGCGAGAUCUACAUCUGGGAUCUCAAAGACCCAAGCAAGCCGUACACCCCCGGCACUCGCAGCACAAAGCUUGACGAGAUCACGUCACUUGCGUGGAACCACCACGUCGACUACAUUCUUGCCGCAUCCAGCAACACAGGCUACACUGUUGUAUGGGACUUGAGAGGCAAGCGAGAGGUUGCUGCAUUGGCGUAUGGUGGAGGCGCCGGCACACUUUCGGGCGGUAUUCAAGGAUUCGCAGUCCCUGGCAUGGCUGCAGGCGGAAGGCGGGGUAUGAGCGACGUCGCUUGGCACCCCGACAAUGCUACGCGUCUUGUGACGUCUUCCGAAGACGAUACUUCACCAAUCGUUAUGGUGUGGGAUCUACGUAACACUCGCGCGCCAGAGAAGAUUCUUACAGGCCAUGAAAAAGGUGUCCUAUCACUGUCAUGGUGCACACAAGAUCCGGAUUUGCUACUUUCUUGCGGCAAGGACAAUCGUGCACUCUGCUGGAACCCACAAACUUCCGAGAUGAUUGGAGAGCUUCCAUCCGCAGAUGGCUGGGCUUUCCAAGUCCAGUGGUGCCCGCGCAAUCCUGACCUAUUUGCGGCUGCAUUCUUUGACGGUACCAUUGGUAUUCACUCCAUUCAGUCGACGAACGAGGCUGCCGAGUUGCCGCCUGCUACGCCUCAGCCUGAUGGUUCCGACAUCUUCGGUGCACCAGGAUUUCCCCGCUCUAACCAUGCUACCCUCUCUCUCAAGCACCCUCCGAAAUGGCUGCGCCGCCCGGCGUCGAACUCCUUCGGGUAUGGAGGCAAGCUGAUUACGGUAUCCAAUCUGCCGUCAGCGCAGGGCCGGAACCAGAGCUGCGUCGUCCAUAUCAGGACGGUCGUCACGGAGGCGAACAUCGUGGAACGCGCGAUCAAGCUGCAGGCGGCGAUUGAAGGCAACAAUCUGAGUGCUUUCGCAGAGGACAAGAGUGAAGAGGACGGACAGAAGCCUGAGGACUCCGGAUCUGCGAGCUGGAAGGCCUUACUCAGCUUGUUCAAGGCGAACUCGCGAGACGAACUCAUCAUCCUCCUUGGGUUCUCGAAAGCGGAGAUCGCGACGAGGGUGGCCGAAGCCAUCGUCAACCUGAAGGCCGUACCUGAUAGUGCAUUGUCGUUCACAGAGCAGGAUGUUACUGAUUCGGAUCUCAAGCGACACGAGCCUGUUGUGUCUUUCGCUGAGCCAGAGCGCGAGACAUACUCUGAUCACGGAGAUCCGGAAGCUGACGAGACUCUGGAUGCCAGUACCUACGGAGCGGAGACUACUCCAUCUGAAGUGAGCGCCAGCGCUGCCUCGGACACCACCAAUGCAACUCCCCAGGCUGAUGGAGAAUCCACGACGACUGCCCCGAGUCUCUUCGGUGACGACAAUCUCGGUGGCAACCAGAACGAUGUGGCGGCGGACUUCUUUGGGACGAUAGGGGCGGGAAACGAUGACCAGCAGAUGCAGGUGCCGCAUCACAAUUACGCGCUUGACUCCUCAGUCGCAGCGACGAUUGGCUCUGGCCCAUCCUCUGUUGCUUCGGAAGCGCUGAAGAGCAACACCUUCCGUAUAUACCCCAGUGACGAGUCUGAGACCGACAGGCUUGUCACGAGGGCGUUGGUGCUCGGUGACUUCGAAUCUGCUGUGUCCCUCUGUCUUUCUUCAGGCCGUUAUGCGGACGCCAUCCUCUUGGCUGUCAAGGGUGGCCCAGAACUGCUGCAGCGCACGCAGAAGGCCUACUUCGAACGGCGAACGACCGCUUUGCCAUAUCUUCGUCUGUUCCAAUCCAUUGUCACCAAUGAUUUGGCGGAUAUCGUGCAGAAUGCCGACCUACAGGAAUGGCAGGAGAUCUUCGUCGUUCUUUGCACCUUCGCUACCCAUGAAGAAUUCUCCGGACUCGCAGAGCAGCUUGGUCGGCGCCUCGAGUUCCAGUCCAGCCUCGCAAAAGUGUCGGGCUCUUCUGAUGGGCGAGAGAAGGCAGCUGAGUUCAGGCGUCACGCAACUUUGACGUAUCUUGCUGCCGGUCGUCUAGAGAGAUUGGUGAAUAUUUGGCUUGAGGAGUUGGCUGAGGAAGAGAAGUUGUUGAGCACGGACGAAGGCCAGCUCGACGGUUCGCGAUACACUGCUCACGCGUUGGCUUUGGAGACAUUCAUUGAGAAGGUGACUGUCUUCCGCAGUGCGAUCAAGUACGACGAUACGGACCUGUCAUUGAAGACCGAGAGCGAGGAAACGGCCACAAAGGCAUACAAACUGUCGGGUCUGUACGAUCGGUAUUUCGAGUAUGCUGGGCUCCUCGCUGCCCAAGGCCUCCUCCAGGAGGCAGUCGCGUUCCUAAGACUCAUUCCCGAAGGAUACGAUGGUUCAUCGGGUGCUAUGAUUGAUUUGGCGGCUGGUAGAGAGCGAUUGUUGAAGGCCGCAGGGGUCAGUGUAGCUUCUACCAGGACCGUGUCAAUUUCGGCAACAGCUACGGCUGUGGCGGCGAAAGUUGCCUCAACGAGCUCGGUGUACUCUUACGGGCAAUAUUCUGCCCCGGUCCAGCAGCUUGUUGCUCCGCAGGUUCCUGCAGCGACCUCGGUAUACGAGCCAUACAACUCAUCUGGGUUUACAGCGUCGUCCCAGGUAACAAACCCCUACGCAGCGACUGCUGCAGUUGCUUCGCAGCAAUCCUACCAGCGGCAGCCAUACCAGCAGCAGCCAUAUCAGUCUACAGCACCCAUGUCGUAUCCUUCCAAUCAAUAUGCGCGGCCUCCUGUACAAGCUCAACACGUUGCGCCUCCUCAUGUCCUCCCACCUCCACCACGUGCAGGUAGCGCUGCUCCAUCUGUACAGCCUGUGCCACCUUCCAAACGGGAGAACGGUGGAUGGAACGACGUGCCGCAUCACGUUGGACAGCGGCGUACGCCUGCUAACUCUGUCUCCGGCAGGCCAGCGGCGAUCACUUCUCCCUUCCCGAAUAUGCCUUCGCCCGGUACGAUGCCCACUUCGCCCUACUCCACAUCAGGGCAACCACCUGCUACGCUACCUCCGCCACCCCGGCCAGGGAGUGUACAGGCGCACCCGCCGCCUCCUCUCCAGGGUCAGCACUUGCCUCCGCCGACGGGACAAUACCCUCCCCACACGAGGGCGCCGUCUGGCCCGCCUGGGCCAACUGGCCCUCGGAUUCAGCACUUGCCGCCACCUCCGCCACCCGGACGGAUCAUGUUAUCACCACCGCCGCCAGGUCCUGGAUUGUCACGACCUCCUCCGCCCGCGGCAGGGCCGGGGCCGUACUCACCUGUUGGGUCUUCGCCUGGGCAGUCACCUCCGCCACCUCCUCACGGCCACGGACACCUAUCGCACCCCUCAGGCUCCGGUGCUGCAGGACCUUCGGGACCAUAUGCUCACGCAACCCCACCGCCCUUGGGUCCUCCUCCCCCAGGUGCGGGCUUCACACAGCGUCCUCCGCCUCAGCAAGCAACAUUUGCGCCUACCUCACAAGGUGCAGCACGAGUCGGCCCUGCUGUCGGUCCACCUCCACAGGGUCCGCCCAGAGGAUCAACACCUGGUUCAGGUCCUCGUGUGCGUCUGUCAGCCGCCGCCCGUGCGAACGCUGGCCCUCCUCCGGCGAAAUAUCCCCCUGGUGAUCGUAGUCAUAUACCCGAAGAGAUGCGUCCGGUAUUCACCGUGAUCUCGGGACAACUAGAGCGGAUGAAGCAGACCAUGCCGGCACAGCAGAAACGCUUGGUGGACGAUCUGGAGCGACGAGUCAAUGCGUUGUUUGAUGCUCUCAAUUGCGAGACGCUGUCGAAGCCGGUAUGCGAGCAAUUGAUCGUCCUCACGAGUGCGAUGGCCUCGCACGACCGCGAUGCCGCGAUGGCGCUACACAUGGACCUGCUGACGACGGGCUCGCUCACCGAUGACAUUGCGUUGUGGAUGUCCGGAAUCAAGCAGCUCAUCAUGCGCCUGUAA